UGGCGGAAGGGGAAGUUGGCGGUGGCGGGUGGGGGGCCGGCGGCGGCGGGGAAGAUGGCGUACCAGAGCCUCAGGUUGGAGUACCUGCAGAUCCCCCCGGUCAGCCGCGCCUACACCACCGCCUGCGUCCUCACCACCGCCGCUGUGCAGUUGGAAUUGAUCACACCUUUUCAGUUGUACUUCAAUCCCGAAUUAAUCUUUAAACACUUUCAAAUAUGGAGGCUAAUCACCAAUUUCUUAUUUUUUGGGCCAGUUGGAUUCAAUUUUUUAUUUAACAUGAUUUUUCUAUAUCGUUACUGUCGAAUGCUAGAAGAAGGCUCUUUCCGAGGUCGGACAGCAGACUUUGUAUUUAUGUUCCUUUUUGGUGGAUUCUUAAUGACUCUUUUUGGUUUGUUUGUGAGCUUAGUUUUCUUGGGCCAGGCCUUUACAAUAAUGCUUGUCUACGUGUGGAGCCGAAGGAACCCAUAUGUCCGCAUGAACUUCUUCGGCCUUCUCAAUUUCCAGGCCCCCUUUCUACCCUGGGUGCUCAUGGGCUUUUCCUUGUUGUUGGGGAACUCAAUCAUAGUGGACCUCUUGGGUAUUGCAGUUGGACACAUAUAUUUUUUCUUGGAAGAUGUAUUUCCCAAUCAACCUGGUGGAAUAAGAAUUUUGAAAACACCAUCUAUUCUGAAGGCUAUUUUUGAUACACCAGAUGAAGAUCCAAAUUACAAUCCACUACCUGAAGAGCGGCCAGGAGGCUUUGCCUGGGGUGAGGGCCAGCGCCUCGGUGGCUAAAGUGGCAGUGCCAAUAACGAGACCCAGCUGGGAAGGACUCAGUGACAUACCCAUUGGGAUUCUUUUAUCCUUUAUGUUGCAAAAGUAUGGACACUUUUGACAGCUUGACAAGAUUUUGACUCCAGAAGCACUUUAUGAAAUGACACACUGGUUAAUCCAGAAGACAUUCCCAGCCGUUUGCCAGUGGUUCCUCACUACACUGGUUCUGAAAGUGUAAAAUCUCUUGGAGCCAAAAACACUGGAGAAGCAAAUACCCUGCUGCCUCUAAGGAACAAGUACCUGAGUACUUGAGUUCUGUGGUGACGGGCAGAGUUUUUCCUCUUCCUCCUCCUCUUUGAUAGACGAGGCCGUGGUGUAAAUGGAAGUUUCAGAGAGGACAAAAUAAAACUGAAUUCCAUCUCUCUCGCGCUGAAUUAAAGCUUUUGUGUGUGAUCUUUUACAUUAUCACCAUGUCUUCUAGCUCUCCUGCAUAGGUCUGCACUCAGAGCAGUUUACGUGCCCGCUCUUCCUAUGUCUUCACGGCUUUCGACUGGAUUUCAUUUCAAGAUUGGAAAUACGUGGCUGAGACACUAUGGCUGGGUACACAACUUACUAACCCAGAAUGCCAGCUCCAGUGGGAAGAUUUGUUUCUGUUGUCCAGAUAGUUUGUUCUCCGUUUGGGUUUUACAAAACUUCAAGUUGUCAGACAGCGUGGUGGAGAAAAAGGGUAGGGUGGAUCUAGUAGGGGAGGAAUUCUGUUGUAGGAGAGUCAAGUAGGCGCGAAGCUAAUGUACCAUGUCAUUUAUUUACUCUGCAUUUCUCUGCUCGGAAAUAUCCAGGGAAAGGCAGGUCAUGGCCACCGUUUUAGAAAACAACAGAAAGAUCUUCUUUACAACUGGGAGACAGGUUAGAAUGUUGACUCUUAACUUGAGAUGACCAGGUACCAGUCAGGCAGGGAUACAUUUCUCCUGGGUCUUUGGCUGGUGAACAUGUAUCAUUUGCUUCAUGAAAAGCCAAGAAGCUUUCAGAGACAAGUACCUGGUUUAUGAAUACCCCCAGGAAAGAGAUUAAUUCAAAUCAUUCUAAUAAGUGGCAUGUAGGCCCGGGAACAUUUCCCAAAUAGUUCCAGCUUGGCUAAGUGGUUGCUUUCUAGAGUGUGAGAUUUCCCUCAGAAGGAUGAACAUGAAGUUUAGAUUAAACAUAAUAAACAUCUUAAAUGGGAAUUUUCAGAUCAUUGCGAAGUGAAAAGUAUUUUAAUAUCUUUAACUGGAAUAUACAUAAGUAAUGGAAUUUAAUAUAAGUACAUGCUGCUAGUAACUUUGAAUAUGAUUGUUGCAAUUUUAUGGAACGUGGGUUAAUGGGACUGCUUUUUUUCCUAAGUGGCUUUUAAAAAAAUCUUUAAAUGCCAAUCUUAGAAUGUAUAGUCCUUAUGGGAUUCUUAAAUUUUGUCUUGCCUUUGUUCAAGAAAGCUUUUAAUUAGAAGGUUGGUUUUGUUUUGUUUUGUUUUUCUUUGUUUGGGGGCUAGAAAUAGGUUUCUCUAGUUAAAUUUGUUCUCCCUUAGUUAACUUUGAGUUAUCCAAUUCAUGGAAUAUCUGGUGAAAUUUUAAUCUUAAAAUCUAUUCACUGAGUGUUCAUUUAAGUAGGGAAUGUCUAAACAUACUGAUGACUGGGUAAAACAGGAAACAUUUUGAGUUUAUGGCCUAAACGCAGUCAGUUAUGGGAUUUUGGUCUCCGAUUUUAUGGGAUGAGGAUUCCUAGUGGCAGGAUGCCAUGCUGUGCUACUACACUGUGUCCUAUGCAGUUGGCAUUCCAAGCACUGACCUUUUAAUUUGAGUGGCCAGUCCCACUACCACCAUCCCUGGCCCAGUGUUGCGCAUCCGGAUACUUUGGCUCACCUGGACGUAAGGAAAAGUCCUCAAUUCUUCCCCAGCUUACCUCUCAAUCUUGGUUCUUCCA